GGCUGCGCGCGCAGAAACGUGAAGUUGGUCGUGACGUCACCACGCCAGCCCUACUGGGACAAAGGAAGAUGUCUGGUGUCAUCGCAAAGUAUCACUGCAAUUAUUGUCAAGAGGACAUCACGGGGGUCCGCGUCAAAUGUGCCGAGUGCCCGGACUUCGACCUUUGUUUACAGUGUUUCUCGUGUGGAGCAGAGAUGGGUGCGCACAAGAACAGGCACGGUUAUCAGCUAAUUGACUGUGGGAACUUUCCCAUCUUCCAAGCGCCGUGCAACUGGAAGGCCAAGGAGGAACUCGUGCUCUUGGAGGCCAUAGAGCAGUAUGGCUUCGGGAACUGGGAAGAUGUGUCUCAGUGUCUGCCUUCCAGGAGUGUCGAAGAGGUCCAGGAGCAUUACAAUACCUUGUACAUAAUGGGGAACAUAGGCAAAGCUACAUGGUCGGUGGAACCGUCAUUCCUGGUGAAGGACCAUACCUCGCCCGACAGCGGGCCCCUGUCGCCGAGCGCAAAGAGCAACAUCUCGGCGGGCGACUUGACGGCGGCGGAGCAGCAGGAACUCGGAUACAUGCCUUGCAGGGACGACUACGAAAGGGAGUUUGACAACGAGGCAGAGUCCCUGAUCAGCCAGCUGUCGGUGGGGCCGGAGGAGGACGAGCUGGAGGUGGCGCUGAAGCUGGCCCAGGUCGACAUGUACUCCCGGCGGCUGAGGGAGCGGCUCAGGCGCAAGGCCCUGGCCAGGGACUACCGCCUGCUCGAGCAGUUCUGCGGCCAGGGCAGGGCCAAGGGGGCCGCCACGCCCGGCACCACCCCGUCCCGCAAGAGGCCCUGCCCCGACGAGGACAGGGAGCAACAGGAUAAGAUGCGGGUGUUCUGCCAAUUCCAGUCGUCCACGGACCACGAGCAGCUUUUCGAGAACCUCGAACGAGAGAAAGAGCUGAAAGCAAGAAUCAAGGACCUGAUGAGGUAUCGUCGCAAUGGGAUCACGAAAUUGGACGAGUGCGCGGAGUUUGACCUGGCCAGGCAUCGGCGGGAAAAGCGGAAAGAGAACAAAAAGAAGUCUGUCCAAGGCAGCUCCGCUCACAGAAAGCCCUCCUCAAUGGCGUCAAGAAAACACGAAGAAAAAGGAAGCGCCGACCCUACGCUAAGCGAACAAGGAGGUGACGUCGGAGAGGGAUCCAAAGAGGCCACCGACAUCUCCACUAUGCUCAGCUACGAGCUGCUCUCCGAAAAGGAGAGGAAGCUCUGCCAGUCGAUGGGAAUCAGCCCCACCUACUACAUCACCUUUAAGACUGUCGUGCUCAAGGACCAAGCUCAGAGGCGUCGGCAGGGCAGCCCGUCGCCCAAGUUCCGAUCGCCGUCCGGACUGGACAAGUCCAACAGCCGACGCAUCCUGAGCCACUUUGCCAACAGCGGCUGGAUCUCGGCAAACUGACGCGACGGGCCCCGUCGCCAGAAGAGGGCGCCACAACACGGGCAGAGCUCCGCCUUUUGCGGGAGCGGCCGGAGCUGGAAGCGCGGAUCGUGCCUGGCGGGGAUCCGGGGGACCUCGCGUACGAGUCGGCGCUCCGACACGGGAACGAGAAGGCGAAGAUCCAUCGGGCGGUCGAGCGCACGCCUAACCCCUGCGGCGUUUCCUUUCCGUCCUGCCUCGAAACGGUUCGCGCAGAUCCUGCGGGGGUAAUGCCGCAACCUCGAUUAGUCGUCGAUCAACCUCGUAGUGAGCCGAUCAGUGAUCGGAAGGAGACGAAUUUCGCUUCCGCUACUCCGAUUGGCUUAAAAGUUUGCUCUUUGCAAAAUUAUGGUGAAACGAAAUGUAUUAAAAUUUUAAAAUUAAGACUCAUCAUUUUUUUUUUGUGUCUUUUUUUUUUAAGAAAUUUUACUUUGGCAGUGUUUAAAAAAAAUAAAAGGAAGAAAACAGUGGUUGCAUGGCCGGUGGUGUUCUAGAUUGGUAGGGUUUGCUCGCAAAGAAAACAAUCCAAUUGUACACCUCGUAUAGUAGUCGUGUCUAUCUUAUUGUGGACGAAUUAAAUGUUUUCUUGGAAAGAUUGCGAAGAAACGACGUUGUUGCAGCUUGAGGCAUUCUUUGCUGUCUCCAGUGGGGCAGCGAAAACUGCUUCGUGCGUAAAAAGGCAUGUGCGUCGUGCGUAAAAAACAUGUGGAAAUUAAGUUUGUCCCUUUGGCAGGUUUUGAAGUCGCAAGGAGCGAUCGCGUGGUACGCUUUUUUUUUUAAGCGUCCUCUCGGAGCCGUUUCGAAGGCAUUGCGGAAAGGAGGAGCGUUUCGUGGAAAGCGCAAAGUACUCUUACCUUGAGGGGAACACGGGCUUUUAUUCCGAGUUUGAUCCUACGUAGGAGCUUGCCUUCACUUUAUAGAAGGGUAUGCCGUCAUGUUACGGAAGAGAAUUUUUUACGAGUCGUAUGGAAGUGUCGUAGUGUGGGAGGUGUUGUACGUAGCCUCUCUAGGCAAUGAAAGACCGUCUGGGUGCCUGAUGUCGGGGGCUUCGGAACGUUUCCGUACCGCGAGGAAAGUGCGGCUGCGAUUCUUUCGAGGUGUAAAUCGAGAAGGUGCAAGCAGGAGUCCCCAGGACAGGGAGAGAUGUAUGUGCGAGUUUCGUGGUGUUGUGUAACAGUGCUCAGGACACCUGUACACUGGCAUUCUUUUUUUUAAGGGUGCUUUUACGAGCGAGGCGGUUUUGUGUUUUACGGAUGUAAAUACGACGGCGAGAGUGUGCGUCGCAAGAACGGGUAUGUUUCUGAGAGUGAAGUGCAUCGGUUUUGUGUGUUGUACAUAUCAGUUUUAUUAGGGGCAGCUCAAUCUUUUAAGUUACAGGAACUUUAGCCCAGACGAAUUGAGAUCUUUUGGUUUUUUCCACGGGCCUUGGCAAUCCUGGUUUGUGUGAUUGUACGCAAGAGUUGCAUAGGUGCUUUUUUUUUUUUUCUUUGUCAUCUUGGAAAAUGUUGAGAGGCUUCGCAAGUGCCACAGGCAUUUUGGCAGCUUGCCCAAGUUUUCUGCUGCAGCAGGAUUAACCUAGUCAGCCGUUCUUGUAUUACGAUUCUUGUAGACUUGAGCAGCGAUCCUGCACUUAAUGUGGCUGGAGCCUAAUUGCUCGUAAAAACGUUUGCCCAUUUCUAGUUCUGUCAUUUGCAUUAUAAGUAGCUGGGAGUUCUUGCGGCUUUUAUUUCAUUUUAAUUUUUAUGUCUCAUUUUCAUCCAUGGGGGAAUGCCUGGCUUGUGUGUGCUUGACAUUGUAUAUAUCCCGAGGAACUAGGGGUAAUAUAUAACCUUGAUUUCAAGGAAGGUUUUGUUUUUAUUGCGUUUGUGGAUGCAACAUUGCCAUCUUCAACGAGCUUGGCUCGAGCGCUGGCCUGGUAAAAUAAAUUUUAUGUACAGCAGUCUCUCA